CCUGGCUGGUCGUGGGAGUGGAACGUGCUGACGGCUGGAGGACAGAGAGAGCGAGAGAGGAAGAAAGCUUUUGCUAAGACUGAAAAAAAAGAAAGAAAGAUCUAGCGCGGGAUAAGCCGUCCUUCAGCACCACCGCCUUUUUAGCUAAUAAAUCGCUGUUUCAGGUGACAUGUCAGCGGGUCGUCAGCACAGUGAUAGCAGGUCCAUUCCGACCAGGACGGUGCUGAUCAGCGACACAACGCAGCUACCUCAUGAUUACUGCACAACACCUGGGGGCACUUUAUUCUCCACCACUCCAGGAGGUACCCGGAUUAUCUAUGAUCGCAAAUUUCUGUUGGAUCGCCGCAAUUCCCCUCUUGCUCAGACUCCACCUGCUCACCUCCCUGUCAUCCCUGGAGUGACCAGUCCCAAAACCAGCAUUGAAAAUAAAAAAGAAGAAACUAAAAAUAUGAAUAAGCACGAGAGGAAGACCGCAGCAGGAGAUGACUCUCAGUUCGAGAUGGACAUCUAGCCUGGAAGACCCACAGUGGAAUACUUGGCAUCACCUGGUACCUGUGUGCCAGUGGCUUGGCUUGUAAAAUGCUGUGAGUCAUCACAGCCAUCUCAUUUAACAGCCCCCUGAAGUGCAGAAAAGGAAGUUUAGUAAUGUGGCAGAACUCCCCUUAGGUUCAGUUUAUUGGUGAUAAAACUUUACCUAUUGUAUCAUAUAGGGCUGUGCCAACUGGUUAUUGUUUCAAAACCACUUGUUGCAUUUUUUUUUUUAAACAUGUUACCUCCUCUAAUGUGAUAGAUAUGAAAAACAUCUGCCUGUAUUAUGCAUAUAGAUAGUAAAUCCCCUUAGUAUAUAUUUUGUUUGUUUUAAUAAUUGAGCAGAAAGUGGAAAAAUCUGUAAUCAUCUGACAGAAAAGCAAUACAUUUGUUUGCUACAUACCUUUAUCUUUCCAAGUCAAACGAAAUACAGACUGCUAUUGCUGAAAUUCAAAUAAAACCUUCUUGACAGGUCCACAACAAAUGCGUAUGUCAGUCUCAAAAAUAAGGGCCAAUUUAAGAUCCACAUGUCUUUAAAGCCAGGCUUUUAGCUUUCCAUUGGCUAUGCUUGAAACUAGUUGUUUAUUGGCUGGGAGUAAAAACCUUUUUGUAUCUUUCGCAGUGAUUGUGUUUGUUCUGGAAUUGUCUGGUCUUCUAGGUUUAGUUAUUUCGUAGCAGCAGUAUUUUCAUUUGAUUAGAUUUUUUUUAAGCAAAUGUUGGCAGUACUGAAUUAUAUUAAACACAUUUCCAAUUCAUAGGGGUACCAACCAUUGUCAUUAAAAUGGGAACAGUGUGUCAUUUCAAGCACUGGAUUUCUGGAAAGUACCAAAUGCAAGCAUUAUGGAUUCUGCUUUUAGUUCUGAGUAGUAAAGGUAGUGUUGUCUGGGUAAUGCUGCUACUGUCAACUGGGUUAAUGGUUCAGCAUAGAGAGAACUAGAUGUAAGUUACAUUUUAACAUUUUAAUGUAUUGUUUUGUUUGCAGUGGAUAAUUUGAUUUGCUGGCACAGCCCUGCAAAAUAUGUGUUUUUUGUUUUGUUUUUUUUGUUUUGUAAUAAGGCCUUUUUUAUCAAGGGGCUUGCUUGUUAAAGAUUUAGCUCAGAUGAAAACCUUGAAAGGGAUUUUUUUAAUUUAAUUUUUUUUAACCAAAUAACCAAUAAACAGUAGUCCUGGUAAAUUUAGUAAAAAAUCCUGAAAAAAAAACAAAACAAAACUAAAUAUAUAUAGAAGUGCCCAUUUUCUAGAAAAACAAACAUUUGUUUGGAAGACAUAUGAAACAAAAUGGGGUUUGUAUUACCAUUCUGGCCAGGUGCAUCUCUGACACUGCCACAUUAGAAUUAUUAGACUGUUUUUUUGCAAACACUCACUAGUUUUCUAUGGGUGUAUUUUAUUUAUGAAGUCUAAACAUCACUAUAAAAGGCAGUUCAUUCAGAAGGUCAGGUCAUGUUUGGACUGUCUGUACAAUUUUUUAAGGACACUUGCAUCUUUGUGAAAGGAGGUCCUGGUGUUUGAGACUGAAUAACAACGUUUGACUUGAAUAAUAAAAUACUUUGUUUAUAGUUUUGAGAAAGCAAUGAGCUCAAGAUGCACUAUGUAAGUGUGACUAUGUACAUACAGUAUGCAGCAUGCUGCUAGCAUAUUAGAAAGUCAUUCUAAACAAGCAUUCAGACAUGGAAACAUGUUUCAAAUCAAAGCAAAACGAAAAUCUCUGCUCACACUGGUUUAAGCCAUGUUUCGUAAGUAUUUUGUAAACGCAAACAUCUGAUUACAUUUUCAGAUACAUCUUGGAGAAGAAGAUUUCUCAAAAGAACUAAACAAUGAAUCAGUCAUGUGGCUUUGAUUUAGAACUCUGGUUUCACUUCCAGAAUAGAAUUCAAACUAACACCUGCAUUCUUACUGCUCCAGUGUAUGGUCAAAAAAGUUAUUGUUGUAGGUGCAUUUUGUUUUGUUUAUCAUCAGAAAUUCAUAAUUCGCCAAUGUUAACGUUUCAGAAAAUACCCAAGAGAACUAAAAUGUUAUUGGCGAGAUACUGAGUUGGGAAGAUCAUUUCUGGGAGAUGAGAAAUGAAGGAGAGGAAGUAGGCAAAAGAAGUACCCUUCUUACCCCACUACAGUGGAACAUUGUGUGGCCUUACCUUAUUUGUUUUUUGCUUCCUAUCUCUGCUGAUUUUCCACAUCUGGUUCCCUAAAGCUCGAAAUAAACACUCAAUCUGGAUUGGGCUAAAAUUAAAUGGUUAUGCUCCUUUUCUUAAGCAGUUAAAGGAAAGGUGCAGUUAUUUUAUUAACAGGUGUUUGUUAUCAUUAUUGAAGACAUUAUAAAUACUCCUCUGCAGCAUUAAAAACACACGUUUGUACCUUUUGUUUUGAUAGACCUAAAUAAUUAAUAUAACUCAUACUGUUAUAAAGUCAUGUAGAGACCAAUUUAGAGGUUUCUGUUUAGGGUAAAAUGUAUAUUUUUAUUUCACAGCAUGGAGGCUAGAUGCAAAAAUGUGCUAGUCUUUCAUGUUUGUCUAUUUUUUGUUUUUAAAGGACAUGGAAUCAAAAUCAGCAUAUUUGUAACACUGCAAUGUAAAUGCUGGAAUCAAUUGGUUUUAUUCUCUGGCUAAUGAUCUGUGUCAUGUGAAAAAGCAUACUUUGUGUUAAAGCAUUUUUGUCUUUUUUUCUGAGCACAUCUUUUGAAAUUGAAAACCAAUUGAAAACCAGCUGUUGUUGGCCUAAUUUGGCUGUAAUUUUGUACAUUAUGGAGCAAACCAGAAGAAAAAAGCUCUGUGUGACUUUUUUUGUUUCUGUUUCAAACUAUUUUUAACAAAAGUGUAUUUUCAAAUUAAAUCACGCCAAUGCCAGUGGACACUGUUACAAUGAGAUCAAUAAAAUUCCUUAGUAAUAAGGAUCUCAUAAUAA